AUGAGCAGCCAUUCUAUCAUUGUCUCUAACGUGCCAGCCGAUGUUGGCGAGGGAACACUAAUGCGUUACGUCCGUGAGAUGACGGAAGAAGGGGCCUCGGUUGUGCAUAUGCAGCCUUUCCCGGACCAGUAUCAUUUCAUGAACGACUCGAACAACACUAAGACGUGGCAAUUGUUUUUCGCUACCUCCAGUGAAGCUGCAACGGCAAACAUGUUGUUCCAGAGCGCCAAUGCCGAACACGAUCUAUCCACGGUUCACGAUACUUUCAACCAUGCAGACUCCAGUUCUCACGUGCCUCGCACUAUAACUCAGGUUGACACGUGGGACGACAGCGGUAAGCAGGAAGCCAUGCGGAACAAGGGCCGCCGGAUCAGUGUCACCAUGAUUUGA